CGGAAGGUCGGCCUGGGCCUCCCGCCGGCUCCGCCCUCACCUCUCGGCCGCCCGCCUCUCGUCUCGUCCAAGAUGGAGGGCGCUCGGCCGGCGCCGCUGGCCCUCCGGCUGUUCCUGCUCGCCGCGCUGCCGGCCUCCGGCUGGUGGGCGACGGGCGCCCCGGAGUCGCCGCAGCCGCCAUCCCGAGCCCCUCAGGACAGUAUCAGAGUUAAUGUAACUACCUUGAAAGAUGAUGGCGAGGUAUCUAACGCACAGGUUGUUCUUAACAUAACCUAUGAGGCUGGACAGGUAUAUGUAAAUGACUUACCUGUAAAUAGUGGUGUAACCCGAAUAAGCUGUCAGACUUUGAUAGUGAAAAACGGAAGUCUGGGAAAUUUGGAAGAGAAAGAGUAUUCUGGAAUUGUCACUGUGAGGAUUUUAGUCCAUGAGUGGCCAAAGGCAUCUGGCUCCGAUUUGCGACUACUCAUCAUCCAAGAAGAGGUGGUAGAGCUUGAUGGGAGGCAGGCUCAGCAGAAGGACGUGACCGAAGUUGAUAUCUUAGUGAGGGACCAGAGGAUGCUGAGACAGGCCCGCUCCAGCCUCCGCUUGGAGGAGAGCAUGCUGCAUGCUCUCUCUCGGGACAGCGACACGCUGUUCACCCUCCCCGGCCUCUCCAGAAAGGGAGAAGGUGUUAGUCUGCUGCAGACCACCAGCCAGUACCUCACUGGGAACGUGGAGACCACCGUAGAAGGAGAGGCCCUACCUGGCAAACUACCCGAAACGCCCCUCCGGGCAGAGCCUCCAUCUUCCUAUAAGGUGAUGUGUCAGUGGAUGGAAGACUUCCGGAGAGUGCUGUGCAAUUUCUGGAGCAGCGUGCUCCCACUGUUCUUUAUGCUUCUCAACGUCAUGCUGGUUGGAGUUAUUGGAGCGGCCGUGGUGAUAACCAUCCUAAAGGUGCUUUGCCCCGUGUUUGAUUACAAAGGAAUUCUUCAGUUGGAUCAAGUGGAUAUUAUACCUGUGACAGUUGUCAGCUUAUAUCCAGAUGGACCUGAGAAAAAAGCAGAAGACCUUGAAGACAAAGCAUGUCCUGAAGCCAUCAUUGCAAAUCAUGGACUUUGAAUUAGUCUGUUGACUCAAACAUUUCCACUUGAGUCUAACUUUCAUUAAAAUAUUAAGAAUCA